AUGGCCAAACCAACUCCCCUCUCUGCAGCCAAAAUCUCCCUCAGUGCCUUCAAUGAAGUGCUCAGAAGAUAUCCCGCCUGCAUCCAAGCCAUCUCGCAGGACAAAGGAGCCAAACCAGGCCAAAAGACACUGGCAGAGUUAGAUGAGUACCGCUAUGACGAAGCAGUCAGAGCCUUUGGUCCCGAAAAGGCAGGCACUAAAUCCAUGGGGAUUGAUGAGGUCAAGACCUUGGUCGAAUGGAAGCUUCGUCAUGGCAAGUUCCGCCCAACCCUGAUGAAACUCGUGUCGUCCAAUGACCCCGAUCUGGUUCAGACAACCGUACAAGAUGCCAUCAAGCUGUAUCGGGACAAGUCAGACAUAUCCGGAGCCCUAGGUAUCCUGACCAAGCUAAAAGGUAUCGGCCCGGCUACUGCGUCAUUGCUCCUGGCGGUGCAUGAUUCAGAUCAUGUUAUCUUCUUCGCCGAUGAGGCCUUCUACUGGCUCUGCGGAGACGGUAAUAAGGUGCCCCUCAAGUAUAACGUCAAGGAAUACGACUCCUUGUGCGACAAAUCUCGAGCGCUAUCUCAACGGCUUGGAGUCAAAGCCAUUGACAUUGAACGUGUAGCUUUUGUUCUUAUGCAGCAAGAAAGUGGGGAUGUAGCAGCCGCAAGUGCUACCCUUGAUCCCACGCCGCCGGUCAGCAGCGUUGCCAAGGUGACGCCCCCCAAGAUCAAGAGGAAGGCCACUGAUGGCGAUACCAAAGAGCCUGAGCAAUCCGUGAGACGCUCGAAACGCACAAGACGCACCUAG